AUGAUGGCCAUGAGCAAGGGGGAGAGUGACGGCGAGUUUCUGAAGGCGGACUGGAGGCUGAUUGCACCGCUGAGAUUACUAGGGACCGUUGUUUCUGCGGAGGCGAAGAAUGACGAGGAAAGGGGCGGCUGCGGGGGGAAGGAGGGGGCUUUCAGGGAUAUUUGUGGAAAACCAUUGUCGAGUGCAUCAUUGUACGUGUUGGGGGUGGGUGUCAGGGGCGACGCAGACUCGCACCUUCCGCCUCGAGCUCCAUCAGCCGGCGGCAGCAGUCCUCCUACCGGGUGGGUAAUGCUGGCGACCGUGGCCACACAUCCUCAGGUGUCUCUGGGGACUCAGCGCAUUCUACUGAUGGCCGCAGGGACGAGGCGGGGGAAGCUGGGGGCGUGGCAACCGCCCGGGAACUCACUCAGCAGCAAAAACAGGUGCUGGCGCCAGGAGGAGGAGGAGGCGGACCACCAGCUUCUUCAGGUCCCCCAUAGAUCAGGGGGUCGAGGAGCAGCUGCGGCACAAGGACACUCAUCAGGGAAUCAGGGAGCAUCGCUCGGCACCCAGCAGCAGGUGUCGGGGCUGCGUCCACCAUCACUGGAUGAAAAGCAGAGCGGGGGCACAACCGAAUGUCCACCAAAGCCAGAGGAAGCUCCAACCCCUCUGGUACCACGCGGCAUACAGACUCCGAGGGUCCAGGUCAAAUGCCCUAGUCAUCUCCCGGUCGAAGUGAAGAUGAUACUGUCACCCAUCGAGGUGGGCCGUGCCCCGAGAAGGUUUCCGUCAACACUCAACAGGCUGAUGCUGCAACGGCGGAAGAGGAACGCCGACGUGAGAACACCGAUGCUACUCGAAAGACGUUCAUGGAGGUUUCGGGACAGCACCGGCGACCACCACCAGAGCAAAUGUUGCGGCAGCUACUGGCGACGGUGA